AUGCCACGCAUAUCAAGAAAGACGAUCAGAGAGGCGUUUUCAUUUAGUCCUUUGUUGCCGCCUCUUUUAAAAGCUACCAGGACUGUGGAGUUGGCAAAAUUAGAGCUACGCUGGAUUCAGAACGAACUUCCUAAAUCGAAAUGGGCAGAGGCCAUCGCAAGACGUUCAAAGCUUGAGCCCCUUCAAUACAUUUUGGGCUCCCAGCCAUUUGGAUCCCUCGAGAUUUUAUGCCAGCAAAAUGUUCUCAUCCCCAGGUGGGAAACGGAAGAAUGGGUGACCAAGACUGCCGAAGCCUAUGAAGUUUCAUCCAAAAGCCCUAUUUCGAUUCUUGAUGCAUGUACUGGUAGUGGAUGCAUUCCCCUUUUGCUCAAAUCCUUGAUUCCAUCGGCUCAGGUUCAGGCAUUUGACUUCAGCGACGCUGCUAUCCAACUCUCCUUGCGAAACAGGAAGCACAGUGGAAUUGAAGUGGACUUCUGGAAGGACGAUCUCUUCAACUUUCAGGCCCUAGAUAGGCUACCGAGAGUUGAUCUUUUGACAUCGAACCCUCCUUAUAUCCCUGAAAAUGAUUAUAAAAAGCCGCUUGCACUCAACGGUCCCGAAUUGUCUGUGAGAUUAUACGAGCCUCGAGAGGCCUUGGUGGGACAUUUAGAGUUCUACGAAGCUCUAAUAGAUAAGUUAAUAUUACCACUGCUAUCUGCUGGCUUAAUCUUCGAGCUUGGAUACGAGGAUCAAGUCUUAAGAACAGCUGAAAAGCUUCCACACGACUGGUUGUGUGGCAGGUAUGUUGACCUGGCAAACAAUUUGCGUUGUGUAGUAGCGUGGAAGAGAGGCUCUGCAAUGUCAUUUUUGCGCCUGUUGGUGAACGGGGGAUACAUAAAAUAA